AAUACUGUAGUAAACGGUGUUAAUUUUCGUAGUGGAAGUGAACAAUCUUGGAUGGUAAUCAAACCAGCAAAAAUAUCAAAUUUGAGGACCUUUACGUUGAAAAGUGUUCUAGGAUGCUGCCAUCACGAAAAGUGUCUCACACGGACCGUCGCUUCACACAGCUGAAUAUAUUAAGCCUCCAAUAACCGGUAUUUAUAUUCCUCGGGCGUCUUUGCCUCCGAACUAUCUCUUCAAAAUAAACAAGAAUCAUUCGCACCUGUGUCUAAACAUCUAAACGGAAACCUCAGAGGAGAAGUGCGCGUGGUUUUAUUUUAAUCAAGAUAUUUUGAAUGGCGUUAUAGAGCUCAUCUCUGCUGCCGGCUGGAAUUGGAAAAGGAUUUAUCCUAUUUGGGAUAUUCUCAUUGGAGCGGAGAAAUACGCCAGAGACUGAAAACUCACUUGGAUUGACAGGAUGUUGCAGUGAUUGCUGUGAGUUUUUGAUCGUGACGAUGGGGAUUUAUGGGCACCUGGCCUUUUCGAAUCAGGCCAACACUUCCAAAGACUUCUGCUUCUCGGCGCGGAUCCGCAGUACCGUCUUGCAGGGUCUGCCCUUCGGAGGGGUUCCCACCGUCCUCGCGCUCGACUUCAUGUGCUUCCUGGUUCUUCUAUUUGUCUUCUCUAUCUUGCGGAAGGUGGCGUGGGAUUACGGCCGUCUGGCUCUUGUGACCGAUGCUGACAGACAGAAGAGAAGAUUCAGUCGCCUGGAGGAGCGCGAGUACGUGGCCUCAGCUCUGCAUUCUGAAACACCGGACCAUUAUGAACGUCUGACCUCUGUGUCCAGUUCCGUGGAAUUCGAACAGCGAGACAACGGUUUUUGCUCUUGGUUGACCGCCAUUUUCAGAAUCAAAGACGAGGAGAUCCGUGAGAAAUGCGGAGAAGAUGCAGUUCACUAUUUGUCCUUUCAGCGUCACAUCAUCGGCCUGCUGGUGGUUGUGGGAGUUUUAUCUGUGGGCAUCGUUCUGCCGGUCAACUUCUCCGGCAACCUGCUCGAUAAUAAUGCAUACAGCUUCGGACGCACAACAAUAGCCAACCUGAAUAAAGGGAAUAAUCUCUUGUGGCUGCACACGUCGUUUGCCUUCAUGUAUCUGCUGCUCACCGUCUACAGCAUGAGACGCCACACGUCAAAGAUGCACUACAAAGAAGAUGACCUGGUGAAACGGACUUUAUUCAUCAACGGCAUUUCUAAAUAUGCGGAAGAGAGUCAGAUCAAACAACACUUUGAACAGGCUUACGGGAACUGUGUUGUUCUGGAGGCUCGUAUUUGUUACAAUGUGGCGAAACUGAUGGCGCUCAAUGCGGAGAGGAAGAAAACCGAGCGCAGUAAGAAGUUUUUCACAGAUCUGAUGGCUAAAGAACACAUCCCCACCAUGAUCAACCCAAAGCCCUGCGGUCACCUGUGCUGCUGUGCCAUUACAGGCUGUGAAGAGGAAGAAGCUGUGAAUUAUUACACUAAACUUGAGGCCAAACUGAAGGAGGAAUACUGUAAGGAAAAGGAGAAGGUGAACACUAAACCGCUGGGAAUGGCAUUUGUCACAUUUCAGAAUGAGGCCAUGACUGCAAUAAUACUGAAGGACUUUAAUGCGUGUCAGUGUCAGGGCUGCAACUGUCGACAGGAGCCGCGUUCAUCUCAGUUCAGUGAUAAUCUUCAUGUGUAUAACUGGAGUGUCAGUUACGCUCCCGACCCCCAAAACAUCCGCUGGGAGCAUCUGUCUUUAGGAGGAGUUUCUUGGUGGCUGCGCUGCUUCAUCAUCAACUGCAUCCUCUUCAUCCUCCUCUUCUUCCUCACCACCCCGGCCAUCAUCAUCUCCACCAUGGACAAGUUCAACGUCACCAAGCCCGUGGAGUAUCUGAACAACCCUAUAGUCACUCAGUUUUUCCCCACUUUGCUGCUGUGGGCCUUCUCUGCUCUACUGCCCACCAUUGUCUACUAUUCAGGCUUCUUCGAAGCCCACUGGACUAGGUCGGGGGAGAACAGGACCACCAUGCACAAGUGCUACACGUUUCUGAUCUUCAUGGUUCUUCUGUUGCCGUCUCUGGGUCUCAGCAGUUUGGACGUUUUCUUUCGAUGGCUGUUCGACAAAAAGUUCCUGGCCAAUGCUACAGUCCGAUUUGAGUGUGUCUUCCUCCCUGAUAAUGGAGCAUUUUUCGUGAACUAUGUCAUCGCGUCGGCGUUCAUCGGGAAUGCAAUGGACCUGUUAAGAAUUCCGGGUCUUCUCAUGUACAUGAUCCGGCUGUGUCUGGCUCGCUCGGCUGCCGAACGACGCAACGUCAAACGGCAUCAAGCCUAUGAGUUUCAGUUUGGAGCUGCCUACGCCUGGAUGAUGUGCGUUUUUACUGUCGUCAUGACGUACAGCAUCACCUGCCCAAUCAUCGUCCCUUUUGGACUGAUGUACAUGCUCUUAAAGCACCUGGUGGACAGGUACAACAUGUACUACGCUUACCUGCCCUCCAAACUCGACAAGAAGAUCCACUCAGGAGCUGUCAAUCAAGUGGUGGCCGCACCCAUCCUCUGCCUCUUCUGGCUUCUGUUCUUCUCCACUGUUCGGACAGGGUUUUUGACGCCACUGUCUAUGUUCACCUUCGUGGUUCUCAUCAUCACCAUCGUGGUCUGCCUGUCGCACGUUUGCUUCGGUCACUUUAAAUACCUCAGCGCGCACAACUACAAGGUACGAGUUGCGGUACUGAAGAUCGACACUAAAGAAACUAAAGAUACUAAAGACACAGAAGCUGACAAAGUGGAGAACGGCCGUCCUGCCAGAUCUUCACCCUCCAACAGAUCUCAGCAGCAGAUGUACAUCGCCCAGGUCCUGCAGGACCCAAACUCUGAUGAGACGGGAGCGGGCAGCGGAGAGGACGAUGGUCAGGGGUCCUCACAGGACGAGGAGAUGCUCAACGGAGGAAACGGCCUAAACGAAGCCGACUUUCAGUCUGGAGAGGACAGUCUCAUCGCCAAUGAAGUCCACCAGUAACCACAGUCGAGACGGGUGGAGAGAAGGCGGAGCUGGGGGAAAUCCAUCCCUGUUGAUGCUGUGAACUGAUCUUAUUUUCUGAUGUUUGCUGGCUCGAAACAUCUUAGAAACCCCACGUCUCCCAUUCACUUAAACACACUGUACAUAUUAAUGCCAACAUGCUUCAGGGGUUUGCUUCACAGCCACAUGAAAACAUGUCGACCCCCAGCUCUUUGUCUUUGCCAAAACCUGAUCAAAGUCCAGUUGGACACGGACAUGAGUCGAACAACCCCCGAUUUCCAAUGAAUAGUUUUUAGUUUGUUUCCUCAGAAGGCAGAAACGGAUCUUCACAUCUUCUCCCUCCAGCGAACUCUUUCCUGAAGCUCAAAGUAUCUCAUGCUUGCCCCUAUAUUAGUCAGCAGCGCUGCAGAACACUCUUUGCUUUUUCGUUCUCUUUUGCCUAAACUGAUGGAUUCACGUUCAUCUGGCGUUCCAAAGGUCAUGUGCAAUAGCGGAGACCCUCUGGGUAAAAUAAAGACGAAGUUUCCUCAUUUCAAACAUGCUAACUGCAUUCACUCUUCAGUAUUCUGCCACAUUUAUGGGAUCAAAAGAGACACAGUAACUUUGCCACAUCCGUGCUGCGGUUGCCAUGGGAGCUCUCCCAGAGACAGAUCGGCAGCCGUCCUUGAAUUCAUUUACUCUCCGGUCUGAAACGAUGUACAGUAUUUACAGACGUGUUGAGAAGUGUGUAUGUUGAUGAUUUCUGAUAACACUGACGUUUAUGUUUAUGUGACUCAUAUUCUCACAGUUCGUGGAGUUUUACUUGAUUUUGCCUCGAAUGCCUGCAAUGAGUUACUGAAGUUCUGGUGGUUAGCGCCGGCGGACACUAAACCGAAAAUGUAAUCCAGCAUCUGGGUUAGAGACAGGUACAUCAGAUUUGGGUCACAGCCGGCGUGAUGAUGUGGUCCAGUCUGUGCAGUCCCGCGUUUAAGAGGUCUGGAUGUUCUGGAUGCCAUUUAUCGUGAACUGAGGUGAAACGAACCGAAGACGUUCACAUCAAUCCUGCAUAUGAGAAAACCUCGCUCAGCUUCGUGACGCGCAAAUAAUAAGUUCUUGUCCUGCGCCCUUGUAGAUUUGAGAACGACAAAAGAUUGAAACUGACUGUUCAAGCUUGUGCCUGUUUUGAAAAGCCUCGACCCCUUUUCUAUUUUAUGAUAAUAAGAUGAGAAUAAGCUAACGUUCCAAACUGAUGCUAGAUCAGACGUUUGCACUGAGAUGUUCUGAGUUGUUGUAUUCUCCAAGUUCUGAGCCGAAGACUUGGUUUGUAAAGCUGGUGAUGAAGAUAAAUGUUGAGAAUAUCUGACAGGUUCUCUUCAGGCAAUAUGUCCAAACAGGAUUUAGCAAAUAACGCAGGUACUGUUAUUGAGAAACCAAGUCGAGCAGACUCAGGUGUGCUUUAUUUGUCCACAAGAAGAAAUGUUUACAUCUGCUUGUUUCCAUUGUUUUGUCAUCCGUCCCUCUGCUUUCCUUCAAAGUUUCAGAAAGACACAAAGGUAACCUAUGAAAGCUGUAGCCACACAUGCGUUGCCGUUUGCCUGCUGUAGAUUUGCCGUUUUGCAUCUUAAAAAAAAUGUGUAGCUACAUGCUGGAGAUACUGAAGCAAAUUUGUGUCGGUUUACUUUUUGGAAUUCAAAAGACGAGCGUAUGAGAAAUAUUGCGCGACGUGUAUAUAUAUAUAUAAGGAAGGUCAUUGUGGUUUCGUUCACCUCACCUGCUUCUUAUUGAGUUAAGGCGAUGAAGGUCUCUUCAGGUUUUGGCAGUGAAGUAAAGAGCGGUGGGGUUGUUUUGGGGACGGUGGGAAACUGUUUGGAGAAACAAAUGUUCAACCCGUUCAGUAUUUGCUACCAGUGAUGUAUUAAGCUUGCUGUAACAAUGCCGUUGUUCAAUGGAUUUUUUAUAUAUUUGUUUUGUUUUAUAACCACCUUUAAGCGAACACUUUGAGUUUCUUUUAGAACGAAAACACUGAGAACAAAAGAUUUUGUGCGGAGAAGUGCUACAGGAUGAUCAUUUUGUGCAAAAGACGAAGAUGGAUUAUGAUGUUUGUGAAAACCCUUCAUCGCCAGCACUGUUUUGAUGCACAUGUACAGUAUGUUUGAAUGGAUGAAAAUGAAAUGACACGUUUUAAUCUCGAGUCUGUUAACAUUACGGCUUAAUCACAAAGGUGCAAACAGACUGAGUUUGUGUACUAGAACUCGUGUGAUAUUCUUGACACUUCUUAUGUUGAAGCGUUGAUCAAUAAAAGUUCAUUCUGUGCA